CAAACAUAACGAAAAGACGGACUUGGUACAUACCAUCAAAAAAAAACACCACUUCAAGACAAAGUAUUGAAGCGCUAUACUCUUCUAAUUAACGUAUAUCCGUGCGUGUCAUGCAAGUCUAUAUAUCCAUAUACACGCAACGUACAUUCGCAUUCAUAUAUAUAUACACACUUACAGUUCUUGCGUAGACUUAAUAUAUUUAGUACAUCACACACAACACGAUGGUUAAAGAAACUGCGUUUUACGACUCCUUCGGAGUCUCGCCCAAUGCGUCCGCCUCAGAACUUAAGAAGGCGUACCGCAAAAUGGCCCUCAAGUUCCACCCCGACAAAAACCCUGGUGACGACGAAGCUGCAGCUAAGUUCAAGGAGCUUUCCUACCAAUACUCUGUGCUUGAAGACAGUGAAAAGCGUGCACUUUACGAUCGAGCAGGUGAGCAGGGCUUAAAGGAAGGAGGUGGCGGUGGCGGCUUCUCAGCCGACGAUAUUUUCUCGCGCUUCUUCGGCGGGGGUAUGGGAGGUAUGGGUGGAGGGAGUAGACAGGGCCCCAGGCAGGCCGAGCCUACUGUCAGUGAGCUCGGGUUCACAAUGGAGCAGUUGUACACAGGACAUACGAAGAAGCUGUUGAUUAGACGUGAUCUGUUGUGUAAGGACUGCGAUGGCACGGGUGGUGAGGGUGUUACACAGUGCUCGGACUGCCGUGGACAGGGUCGUAAGGUGCAGCUGAGACAAGUAGGUCCCGGUAUGAUGCAACAGGUGGUUGUUAACUGCACCAAGUGCGAGGGCCAGGGUGAGAUCAUUCCCCCGGGUGCUAGAUGCGAUGGAUGCAGGGGUAAGAAGAUUACUCAAGAGAAGUUCGUGAAGGUGGUCAAUAUAAACGCCGGUACACGUGACGGUCAGAAGAUCACGUUCAGUGGUGAAGGUGACCAGAAGCCCGGUAUGGAAGCGGGUGAUAUUGUGAUUGUUGUACGUGAAAAGGAGCACUCCGUCUUCCAGCGUGAAGGUUUGGAUCUGAUUAUGAAGAUGGAGGUUAAAUUGGUUGAGGCUCUGUGUGGGUUCCAACGUCUGGUGCCACACCUGGACAACAGAGAGUUGCUUGUAACCACGCUUCCUGGAGAAGUUAUCAAGGAUGGUGCGGUGAAGUGUGUGCCUAACGAGGGUUUCCCGGACCAGAGACAUCCCGAACUCAAGGGUCGUCUGAUCAUCCAAUUCGGCGUUGUAUUCCCGGAGAGUGUGACAGCCGAACAGAUUAGCUUGAUUGAGAAGGCUCUGGGACCACGCACGAAGGUGUCGGUGGCUGAUGCAGGUAUGGGUGACGAUAGCCAUGUGGAAGAGGUCUUCUUAGAGGACUUCCAUCCCGAACAGGGACGUCAAAAUGGCUUUGAAGACGAGGAUGAUCACGGGCACGGUCACGGUGGUCAACCCGGAGUAGACUGUAGACAGAGUUAAUUAGAAAGCUAGUUAUACAUGAUGAGAUAUCUAAUAUUGUUGUGCAUCGAAGGUAUGGUACUGGCAAUCGGAUUGAGUCGUGAACGGGCUGUUUUACGGAUGCGGUAUCGCCAGGAAAGGGUAUAUGGCUGAGUUCCACAUGUGUCUGGGACUCUGGGUGUACAAGCACAUCGACUGGAGGUGUAACUAUACCAUAAAGCACCUAGGCUGAAAGUGUAUUUAUACCUCUAUAAUCAGUUGUAUAGGUGUGUAUUCUGUACACACGGGCUGGUACAUGAGAAUGCUCGUCGGUGGAAGGUAAUUUUCAAAUCAAACGCACAAGAUGCUAGUGCACGCCAAUACCGAUACGGUGCUACAGCUUAGGUAGGACUGAAUUAAUCUAUAAAGCGUUUAUAUAUAC